CUCAGCCCCGCGCUCCACCUUCCCCGAGAACCCGGGACUGAGAGCUGGGCCUCGCCCCACGGGCCGGCCGGCACCAUGAAGCGAGCGGGGACUCUGCGCCUGCUCUCGGACCUGAGCAAUUUCAGCGGCGCGGCCCGGCUCCGGGAGUUGCUGGCCGGGGACCCAGCCGUCCGAGUCCGCUGCAGCCUGGACGGCCGCCACCUGCUGCUGCUGCGACCCCCGGGGGCGCCGGCCCCGCAGCUGCUGGUCGCGGUGCGUGGACCCGGCGCGGAGCUGGAGCGUGCCUGGCCGGCUGGCCAUUCCUCACCGCUAGACGCCUUCUUCCUGCCGUGGCCGGCGCGUCCGGCGCUGGUCCUGGUGUGGGAGAGUGGCCUAGUCGAGGUGUGGGGCGCGGGCGUGGGGCCUGGCUGGCGGCUGCUGCAGAGCACCGAGCUGUGUCGGGGCGGUGGAGCCCGCGUGGUGGCCGUGGCGGCGCCCCGAGGCCGCCUGGUGUGGUGCGAGGAGCGUCAGGCUGACGCUGAGGACCGGCUAAGGUCUCCCGCAGCCGCUUUCAGCCACUGCGUAUGCGUCAGGACUCUGGAGCCCAGCGGGGAGGCCGGCACCAACCUGGGCCGCACACAUAUCCUGCUGCACCACUGCCCCUCUUUCGGGCUGGUAGCUUCCCGCAAGGACCUCUUCCUGGUGCCCACUGCCACCACCUGGCCUGGCGUAGGCCACAUUCUGCUCAUCUGGAGCCCAGGCAAGGGCAAGGUGAUAGUGGUUGCACCAAGUCUUGGCCUCUCCCACAGUAAGAGCCUGAAUCCAGGACGAGGGGACACAUGGGACUUCCAGACCCUAAUCCGAGGCCUUCCUGGGCUGCUCACCCCCAGGCAGCCAUUGACUGUACAUACCUGGGCCCCAACUCCCCAGGGUCUGCUGUUGCUUGAUUUCAGGGGCACUGUGAGCCUGGUGCAGUCCCACGGUGGCACCCGGGCUGUGGGCACCCUGCAGGAAGCACCUGUAAGCUUGGCAGGGUCUGCAGCACUGGGAACAUUUCAUGGCACUCUGGCCUGUGUGCUGGGCUCCACAUUGGAACUGCUGGACAUGGGCAGCGGGCAGUUGCUGGAGAGGAAGGUUCUAAGUACAGACCGAAUACAUUUGCUGGAACCACCAGCCCCUGGCAUGGAGAAUGAGGAAGAGCUGGAGACCCGGGGGGGUCUUCGUUUGCUUUCAGCCUUGGGUCUGUUUCGAGUAGGCUGGGAGGCUCCGCAGGGCCUUGAGCUGCCUUCAGCUGAAGAUCUGGUGUUUGAGGAGGCCUGCGAGUACUACCAGCGGCGCAGUCUGCGGGGUGCGCAGCUCACCCCAGAGGAACUGAGACACAGCAGCACGUUCCGGGCUCCUCAGGCCUUGGCCUCCAUCCUCCAGGGCCACGUGUCCCCAUCUACACUGUUGACCACACUGAGGGCCGAGCUUCGAGAUUACCGGGCUUUAGAGCAGCUCAAAGCCCAGCUGGUGGCUGGGGAUGAUGAGGAGGCUGGCUGGACUGAGCUGGCAGAGCACGAAGUGGCACGCCUUCUGAGGACCGAGUUGAUGGGAGACCAGCUGGCCCAGCUCAACACCAUUUUCCAAGCCCUUCCAACAGCAGCCUGGGGUGCCAUUCUCAGAGUUCUGCAGCUGCAGCCUGAUGGGAAUGGCAAGCUGAGGUCCCAAGCUCCCCCUGAUGUGUGGAAGAAGGUACUAGGGGGUACAGCAGCUGGAAAGGAACCCUCCAAUGGGAUACUGCCCCUCUUUGAACUCCUGUGCCAGUGCCUCUGCCGGCUGGAGCCGCGAUGGCUACCACCUUUUGUGGAGCUAGCCCAGCAGCAGGGCGGGCCUGGCUGGGGAGCAGGGGGCCCAGGGCUGCCUCUGUACCGCAGAGCCCUGGCAGUACUAGGUGAGGAGGGGACUAGACCUGAGGCACUGGAGCUAGAGCUGCUUUUGGGCAGUGGGCGGCCCAAAGCUGUGCUCCAAGCUGUGGGGCAGCUAGUGCAAAAGGAGCAGUGGGAGCGGGCUCUAGAGGCCGGCCUGGCCCUCGGCCCCUCCAGCCCCCUGCUUCGAAGUGAGAUCUUCAAACUGCUGUUGGCAGAAUUUGCCCGGCACCGCCGGCUUGAUGCUCACCUCCCCCUCCUUUGCCGCCUGUGCCCACCGGACCUAGCUCCAGCUGAGCUCCUGCUUCUACUGCGGACACACCUCCCAGAUGAGUUGGAGCCCCCCACCCCAUUCCCUGAGCCCAGAGCAGAGCCCCCUCUCACUGUGGGCUUGCUCAGAGCCCUGCUGGAGCAGACUGGAACUCAAGGACGGCCCUCUGGCCCAGUUCUAAGCCUAUAUGAGGACAUCCUAUGGGACCCAGGCACUCCACCCCCAGCCCCACCCAGGGGACCUAUGACUGCCCUCCAGGCAUCGGACCAUCCAGGCCUGGAGGCCUGGGCACCAUCAGGACAGGGCCUCUGUGUGACUGAUAGAGGCUGAAAAAUCUUUUCUAGGACACAGUGAUCAGGGAAGUGUGCCCAGGAGUUGGAGGGGGGCCAGGGUGGGACCUCUAUGUGCAAUACUCUUCUCUCUUCUGGAGCAAUUUUAAAAUAUAUAUAU